GAACCAACCGAACUUGGUUUCCGGUGGAUCCCAAACAUCAGCAUCACCAUCGGUAUCAUCUUCAUCAUUAACUUUUCUUUACAAAUAUCUUCGUUCUGAACGAACCUUGUGUCGAACACUCACUACACACCAUCAUGGAUUCUCCUUUGUUAUUGCAAUCCCAAGUUUUGCCACACAGACUCAAAUGGGUCAAAAUCAUCUUCUGCGUCUUCGUAGCUGCCACGAAUGAUGUUUUAAGUGGGUGAAUUGGAUGUUUGUUAAAGAAGUUCUUCCAUGUCAGAGACUGGAUUGAGCUUAGAAUCAAAAUAUAGAGUCACUCUCUUGCAUCUCCCUUCAGUGUUCACUGUGUUCAUGCCAGGGAAAGUCAAAAGACAGCAUUUUGUUUGGGAUGAACUAUUAGUUGUUGGAGUAGCAGUGAAAGACAACACCAGUUAUGGAAUACUAUCAGGAGCAGAAAAAUACAUGACAAGCAGUGAUGAAGAUAUUGUAGAAUCAGAUGUGGGAGUUGUUGCAACUGAUGAUGCUCGAUGUUCUGCAAUUGGUGUUUCAUUGAUUAAGCAGGGUGGACAUGCGGUGGAUGCUGCAGUGGCGGCUGCAUUAUGCAUUGGUGUUGUUCUCUCAGUAUCAAGUGGUAUAGGGGGUGGCGGUUUCAUGGUUGUUCGAUCUUCUUCAACCUCCCCAACGCAGGCUUUCGACAUGAGAGAAACUGCUCCUGCAGCUGCUUCACAGAAUAUGUAUGAGAAAAAUCUGAAGGAUAAGAGCUUAGGUGUAUUGUCAAUGGGAAUUCCGGGUGAAUUGGCUGGCCUUCAUGCAGCUUGGUCGAAGCAUGGACGAUUUCCAUGGAAGACCUUAUUCCAACCAGCUAUAGAACUUGCUAAAAGAGGUUUUGUAGUGUCUCCUGCUCUUGGAGGUUUCAUAGUUAAAGAAGCGAAAAAGAUAUUGGAUGAUCCUGGGUUAAGAAAGCUAUAUGCACCCGAAGGGACUUUGCUGAAAGCAGGGGAUGUGUGUAAAAAUGAGGAACUCGGUCGCACCUUGGAGGUAGUGGCAGAGCAAGGACCACAAGCUUUCUACAAUGGCACCAUUGCUGAAAAGUUAGUGAAGGAUGUGAAAGAGGCUGGUGGCAUUUUAACAAUGGAAGAUUUGCGCAAUUACAAGUUGGAAAUAGAAGAUGCAAUGACUCUGAAUGUGAUGGGAUACACCAUAUAUGGAAUGCCACCUCCUUCAUCUGGAACACUUGCUCUUUCACUGGUUCUGAACAUCUUGGACAGUUACGGAGAUCCUGAUGCUGCAAGGGGAAAUCUUGGUCUACAUCGUCUGAUAGAAGCUCUGAGAUUCAUGUUUGCUGUUCGAAUGAACUUGGGUGACCCUAACUUUGUUGAAAACAUUGAUGAUACCAUAUCCAAAAUGCUUUCUCCAUCUUUUGCAAAAGAAAUUCAGCAACUGAUAUUUGAUAACACUACUUUCCCUCCAGAGUACUACAUGAACAGGUGGAGUCAACUGAGAGAUCAUGGAACAAGCCAUUUGUGUGUCGUUGAUGCUGAUAGAAAUGCUGUGUCACUAACAUCAACUGUAAACUAUCAUUUUGGAGCUGGGUUUCGUUCUACUUCUACUGGUAUUUUGGUGAACAAUGAGAUGGAUGACUUCUCUGCACCCACUGAAAUAUCCCCUGAUAAACUGCCUCCAGCUCCAGCAAAUUUUAUCGAACCAAACAAAAGACCAUUGUCUUCCAUGACUCCUCUUAUAGUCACAAAGAAUAACGAGUUGGUUGGAGUACUUGGAGGGAGCGGUGGAAUGAACAUUGCUCCAGCAGUGAUUCAAGUCUUUGUUAAUCAUUUCAUCUUGGGAAUGAAACCCUUGGAUGCAGUUCUGAGCCCGAGGAUCUAUCACAAGCUAGUACCAAAUGUAGUUAGUUAUGAGAAUUUGACUGCACUGAACGGUGAUCACAUUCAACUUUCGAAAGAAACAAGGAUUUUCCUAGAAGAAAGAGGUCAUAUACUGAGGGAGUGUGAAGCUUUAGCUGUCACUCAACUUGUUGUCCAAAAUCCGGAAACUGCAGCUGACAUGAACAGGAAAAUUGGUAAAAACAUCAACUUACAAUCAAAGCAUGGUACUCUUAUUGCUGUAAGUGAUCCUAGAAAGGGUGGAUGUCCAGCUGCUGUUUAGUUCUAUCGAUCAAUUCAGCAUCAAAAUUGUACAACACGGACAUUUCAGAACAAAAUACAUAUUUUUUAGGCAUGAAUCUAUACCAUGCCUGACAGAAAAAAAAUUGUUUAGUUCAUCAUUCUGUUUUGCUACCAUCGUUAUCGUUUGUCGUUUGUUAUUCUGCACAGAGAGAGUUUAAAGGAGGAAUGGUGCCUGUAAAUAACCAUACUAUAGUGUGUGUGUUCUAUUUUGUAAAUAGAGAACUAUUGAAUAUUUGUGAGAAAACUUUCACGACUUCUUUUAUUGUAAA